CUCUCUACCAACUCUCCCGCCGACUGACAAGCCGCAAUCCUCUCUUGCGUCUUGUGUCUUGCUCUCUCGACUCUGCUCUCUCUUUGUCGACUCUCCUCUGCUCUCUUCUCUCUCCUCAAGAGGUCUCUUCUCUCUCGCGCUUUCGCUCUUCUCUCCGCUCUCCGCUCCUCUCCUCCUCCUUCACCUCUCCCUUCCACUCGUUCUUCUCCCUCUUCUCCCCCCGCCGGCCUCGAUGUCCACAGUCACUCGCUCUUAGUCCCCCGUCCUGACCUUGCCGUCGCUCGCCCUCGUCCGCGCCCACCAUGACCCUCCCCGUCGCCUGUCCGCCCCCCGCCUCCUGUGGUGGCAGCGCGGACCCUCCCACUGUCCCUCCACAGCGAAAGCGCCGCCGUCGAGCUCCCGCCAGCGGUGCCUCGGACGACUGCUUCACCUGCACCAAGAGGAACACCAAGUGCGAUCGCCGCCGUCCAUAUUGCUCGCCGUGUCUGGAGAUUGGCAAGGAAUGCUCGGGCUACAAGACUCAGCUGACCUGGGGUGUCGGCGUCGCCAGUCGUGGGAAGCUCAGAGGCCUCUCCCUCCCCGUCGCCAGGUCCGCCCCCGCCCCCAAGAGCCCCACGGCCACCCGCCCCCGCGCCAUCACCACCACCACCACCGCCGCCCGCACCCGUGAGGCUGCCAACGCCGCCGAUGCCAAGAUCAAGAUGGAAUCUCCCGCCUCGUUGCCCGGAAGCAACCCCUUCACCACCACCUACGACUUCGUCAACAUGGCCCCCCAAGGCCUUGCCCAGAACUCCUCCAUGCACCAGGUGCCCGAGUGGAAUAUGGCCGUGCCCCACGACUACCCCCUCCACCAGGACUACCAUCAGAACCCUAUGAACCACCGGAGACAGGUCCCCCAGCUCCAUCGCCUCCAUACCUUGAGCCUGGGCCGCGCCGAGACGCUGGCCGGCCUCUCCAGCUCGCUCGACUCAAUGAGCGCCUAUGCCGAGAGCGACUACGCUUCACCCCUUAGCCAAUCUUUCCAGGACAACGAAAUCCCCUUCCUCCACAGCCCCGUGCCCAUGUACAGCUACCCCUCGCGGAAUUCGAACACCGGCAGCCCGGUGGCAGGGAUGAUGGGGGAUGCGCGGGGCCCGACGUCGUGUCCCGACCCCUUCUACGCGCAGUCAGAGAUGAGCUCCAGCAUCAGCUCGCACCAGAACCUCUAUGAUAUUACCGAGUCGCGUCACCACCAACCGUCGCCGGCGGGGAAUGAGAUCUUCUACGAUGAUGAGAUGCUUGGACCCCCUCCACCGACCAGCCAUGAGAUGGAGGCUUACGCCACCAGUGCACGAUCCAGUCACUUUGGGUGGAAUGCUAUCAAUGACAGUGAGGAGGUCGCCUCCCAAGCCGCUUCAGACGCGGAUCAUUACCACCAGCACACCAUGCCGCCCCCGCCCCCCGAGAUCCUCCCCCGCGUCUCCUUCUUCCUUGAUUACUAUGAGAAGAUCAUCUGUCCAUCUGUGGUCGUCAUCGACAGCCCGAGCAAUCCUUACCGAGAACAUAUCCUCAGCCUCGCAUCUACCAGCCAGAGUCUCCAGCACGCCAUCUGUGCCCUGGCCGCUUGCAACCUCCGCAUGAAGCGGAAACAGUCGCUGGGGCAGGACCACUGGCGGCAACAACCCUUGGAGCCAGAAUUCCCCCUCCAUAUCAACGGCGGGCCUUCUCGGCCCACAUGUGUGCGCAGAACAUCCCAUCCCGUGACCCCGCAAGCCUCCGACUCCAACGACUCCUCCCUGCAAGAGGAGUACCAGCAUCGAUCCCUGGCCGUGUCCCUCCUCAAUCAGCAGCUGAGUGAUCCAUCCAAGGCUCGUCACGACUGUGUUCUGGCGACCUUGUUCAUCCUUUGCCACUACCGGAUGUGCGAGUCGGGCAUAGCACAAUUCCGUACGCAGUUUGCCGGCGUGAAGAAGAUCCUCGGGAUGCGUGAGUCCGGGAUAGAGACGGGGAACUGGGGAUGGAUGGAAUCGCUCUUCACCUACUUUGACGGCAUCGCCGCUAGCAUCAACGACCGGGAGCUGCAGCUGCGGGGAAGCUUCCUGGAGAUGAUCGCCAACCCUCCGAAUCCAAAUCACGCGUUGGAGAACUUGGCCGGAUGCGACGCCAUCUUGUUCAAGACAAUAGCCAAAUUAGGUCGCUUAAACCUCCUCUCCCAGAACCGACCUGUCCUCGCCCCGAAUCCAUCCUCUCCCCUCCAGAACCGCCGCCCCGCCCCGCCGGAACCUCAACCAGGUCUCGCCGGCCAGGCCCUAGCCGACUUCUACAACCUACACGCGCAUAACUUCGACGGGAACGGGUUCGCUUCGACCCUCGACGACGACGCCUUCUUCCCUCUCCUCACAUCCGGAUCACCUGACGACCUCCGCUCGACCUUCUGGACAGAAUGGAAAUCCGCCCGCCUCGCGCUCCAGGAGUGGGAAUUCGACCCUACCCGUCUCGUAUCCAGCCUACCCUCGACCCCCUCCCCGACGCAACUGCGCGAUUUCGGCUACAUCUCAGAAGCCUUCCGCUACUCUGCCCUCCUCUAUACUGAGCGGCUCGCCUGCCCCAACCUCCCAUCAUCGCACCUCAACUUCCAGAACCUCGUCUCGCAGGUUCUCUUCUACGUGACGAGCCUGGAGCCGGGCAGCGGGUGCGAGAAGUUCCUGCUGUGGCCGCUGUUCAUCAGCGGCAGCGAGUGCGUCAACGAGCUGCAGCAGAGCAUCGUGCGGUCCAAGUGUCGCGAGAUCAUGCGCCAGAGCGGCUACCUGAAUAAUCUCGCGGGGCUGGAAGUGCUGGAGAAGCUGUGGCGCGAUAAGGAGGCGCAGGAGCACGAUCAAGAGAACGGCCCCACGUGUCCCCUUCGCUGGACCCCAUACAUGGAUAGUGGUGAGGGCGAGUGGAUUAUGUUUUGAUGGGACGAUGAGAGACGCGAUAUGAAAUGAUUAUGAUAUGAUGGAUAUAGACAGCCGGAUGUCCUUCGCAGCACUAUUUCUUGCGAGGAAUCGGGAUCUACGAAAACUCGAACCGAGUUGAUUGAUUGAUUGAUUCGACUAC